AUGCCGAAGAAUCUGUCAGCUUGUUGUGAGGGUAGCUGCGUGUGGAGCCGAAUUGGAAAAGCAGUGACGCUUCCUUGCGGCCGCUGGAGCAUCACAGUUUGCGCAGAAGACCGAGAGGUGGCGCAGAAGCUUCGCCCCGAGAACACGGCCCUCGCUGCACGGACUGGAGACCUUGCAGGUGUGGACGCUCACGCAGCAAGCCACCUGGCUUCUCGCGAGGUGUCUUGCGAUUGUUGCCAUUUCGCGGCUGGCGACGGCCUGCAGCUGUCUUGCCCUGGCUCGCAUCGUCUUUGUCGAAGUUGUUUGCUCAUUGAGCUGCGACGUGAAAGCGUACCGACGUGUCCGGCAUGUGCUGGCGAGGGCGACAGAAUUCACCUGUCAUCGCGGUGGGAGCUCAUGGACCAGGCUCACGCCGCCUUGGACGAGUUGGGCUGCUGUUGCACGCCAGGGGCAGAGGGCUGUGACAGUCAAAUUGAUGUGGGCGCGCAGGUAAUAAUCUUUGGGCAAAGCAAAAGCAGUGGCUUGAAUGGCCAGCGGGCGCAGACCUUGUGGUGGGACUUCAACGGCCAGUUCUGGGAGGUCCUGGUGCUGGCAUCGAGACAGGUCAUGGCCAUGCAUUCCUCCGAAAUUGCCUUGGCAGAGGCUUGUGGCGGAACUGACGGGCUGAACAACUGCCCGUGUUGGCCAUCAGGCCGUGGACUCUACCCUGUCAGUCUUGGGAACCGCUGCUGUGUCAAGCUGGGGAUUGACGAGUGCUCCGGAGAUGCACACUGUCCAGUGGGCUAUCCUUACUUCCAUGGUGCUGAGUACUUGCCGUUCGACUCUCUGCUGACAUCGCUGGAUGCAGUUUUGCAUUUUCUCCGGCACGACUUCGCCAACUUUUUCCAUUACAAUGACAUGAUCAACGUACACCCACCAGGACUUCCCAACAUCAUCUUUCACAACUACCGGUCAUGGAUGCAUACGUUUCCUCACCAUCAUCCGCAGUCGGACCAGGCCAAGCUGGAUCGACGGAUUCGACGGUUCAGGGUCCUCUGCCGCCACAGCCGCGAUGUGCGCGGUUCUCGUCCCUUGCUGUUCGUACGCUACGUCGGCGACUCGCCGACUGAAUUGUUGAAGCUGGAAGAUCUCUACAGCAUUCUUCGACUUUGGGGUGGUUCGCGAGCCAGGCUUUGUUUCGUGGCCAUGCUCCAAGCUCGUCAGCCUCCUCAGCCUCACCUGCCUCCGCCAGGUUUCAUAGGAAGGUCAGCUUCCACUUCGGGUCUAUCUGCCAAAAGCAUCAAAGGUGGCCGGCUCUUCCGCCACGAUGUCUACCCGAAGGUUUUGUUCUGGCUUGUCGACGGCCUGGUCAACGUAAUGGAUUUUGGACCAAUCCGCCAGGCCCUUCGGUUCAAUGUUUACGAUGAGGCAGGCCUCCUGUACGACGUGCCCAGCAUUUCCACUUCCGAACUCAUGGCGACACUGCUCCCAUUCAAGGACCCUUACACCAACAAGAGCGAGAACUGUGACCGUACUUGGUUGGAGCGGCCCCCUGCCAAAGAGCGCGAGAUUGCUUUGGGCUUCUUUCCCGACUGCCCAAGGGCUCAGCAGCCACACCAGGGCUGCCAGGCCAACAGCCUCCUGCGCUCGGCUGUGCGCAGCGGCGACGUGGUGCGAGUGCGAGAGUUGCUUCGUGACAGCACACCGGCAGAUGCGAACUCCUGGGACGACCUUGGCCGGCGGCCACUGCACGAUCUGUGCGAGACUGCUGCGACAGGCCGGGGCCAAUUGGGCACACUCCGUCUUGCCGCCGAGCUCAUGUUGGCACACGGCGAUCCUCGUGCCCAAGACAAGGCUGGCAAAGCUGCGCUUGACCUUGCAAGGAGCUCUAAGGCUGACCUGGGUUCGGUUGAGUCAACGACCUCCUUGGCACGGAAGCCCUUCCUGCGAGAGCUGACGGCACUGCUGGCAGCAUGCUCUUUGCAGGGUGUCACUGAGGACGGAUUUGCAGACCCUGCUGGACUUUUCCGUGCCUUGGAGUAUCUCGGCGAGCCACUGCGCAGCCAGAUCGCCCUAGGAGUUCUUGGGCUGGCCGCGCUCCGACCCAUUGGCCCUGCAGAGAUGAAGUGGCGCAAUCCCGGUCCUGGAUUGGAAGAGCAGCUGGCUGCACUUGACGACGAGCUGGCAGCUGUGAAGCGUUUGAAGGAAACUUCGCAGAGACGCCGGGCUCUCAGGCGCUUGCUCUUCGAGUGGCACCCUGACAAGAACGCUCAUCGACAUGAGCUUGCCAAAGCUGCUUUCCAACAUAUUCAAAUGCAGAAGGCUGCAAUCUUGGAAAAGGGACAGGUGAAGAAAGGCUAG